AUUAGUAAUAAAUGUACCUGCUUGCCUAUUUUAUAGCCAAACUGACUAACUUGAUUGAUCAAUAAUAUACAACUACUACUUAUUCAAACAUCAAUCAACAAAAGACUUCUUCUCCAAAGGCUUUGUUAUAUUUAUUAGUAAUUUUAAUUGUUAUUUAAAUAAAUAUAACAAAUGAAUAAACCAUGGAAAUAAAAUGGAUUUAUUUAUUAACAGUCGUGUUAAAGAAAUGCAAGCAGUGUUAUUUCCAAUCCAACCAAUUCCAGGAGGUUCAAUAACAACACAAUGUCUUCAAGAUCGCCUGGGAUUUACUCGUAAGGAUAUAGAAUCAGUGUUACCGAUAGCAUCAAGUGUAUUUAAAUAUCGUGAAGUGGAGAUUCAAUUAACGGACAUUGUAGCACAAGAGCCAAGAUGGCCCACCGAGUGUAAAGUGAUUCAAGAAAGAGUCCGCCAUAUAGACUACAACCCACCAAACCCAGAGCCUUAUUAUUCUCCAACUGGCCGUGAACCAAAACCUAAACCAGUCAGUGAAGAACUUGGAACAGUUGUGUUCAAUUAUUGUCCAACAAGUGUCACCAACUAUUUCAGCAGAUCGUGUAUUGGAGGUACAUCAGUCCUAACAGACUCCAACACUUUAUCCUACUUUCUAGAACAAUCAACUGAACCACCAGAGCCUCAAAUAAUUCAUAACAACACUGACUUGCACUUCGAAUCACGAUUUGAAUCAGGGAACCUAGGUAAAGUUAUCAAAAUUACUGAUACCUAUUAUCAGCUACAUCUGAGGAAAGAUUUGUACACUCAAAGACACAUGCAAUGGUUUUAUUUUCGAAUAUCAAACACUAGGAGUCGAAUAAUGUACAGGUUAUCAAUAGUGAAUUUAUGUAAAGAAGAUAGUCUUUAUAAUGAAGGUCUUAAACCACUGCUAUACUCCAAUAAAGAUGCUGAUAUGAAUUCAGUUGGUUGGAGACGAUGUGGGGAGAAUAUUAGCUACUACAAGAAUGAUUCAUCUGAUGAAGAGAAGGAGAAGCAUACUCUAACUUUCAACAUCACCUUUCCUCAUGACCAGGACACAGUUUACCUAGCUCACUGCUAUCCCUACACCUACAGUGAUCUACAGGAAUAUCUAGUGAAACUAUCAAGUGAUCCAGUGAAAACAAAAUUCACUAAACUACGUCUACUUUGUCGCACCCUGGCUGGUAAUUCAGUUCAUUAUUUGACAAUAACAGCACCUAAUUGCACUGAUGACUCUAGAAAGAAGAAAGGUAUUGUGAUAACAGCUAGAGUUCAUCCUGGUGAAACACCUUCUAGCUGGAUGAUGAAAGGAAUCAUUGAUUUUUUGACUGGGGAAUCAAGUCAAGCUCGAGAGUUAAGAGAGAGAUUCAUUUUCAAAUUAGUACCAAUGCUAAACCCAGAUGGUGUUAUUGUUGGCAACAAUAGAUGUUCACUAUCUGGAAAGGAUUUAAAUCGUCAAUAUCGUACAGUAAUGCGUGAAAGUUACCCUUCUGUUUGGCACACUAAACUCAUGAUACGCCGAUUAAUGGAAGAAUGUGGUAUUGCCAUGUACUGUGACCUUCAUGCACAUUCAAGGAAACAUAAUAUUUUUAUUUACGGCUGUGAAAAUAAACGUACUUCAUGCUAUGGAAAAUUAGCUGAACAAAUAUUUCCAUUAAUGUUACACAAAAAUGCUGCCGACAAAUUUUCAUUUGAAAAUUGUAAAUUUUAUAUUGAAAAAGGAAAAGAGGGAACGAGUCGAGUAGUUGUUUGGCUAAUGGGUAUCCAGAAUAGCUACACCAUGGAGGCAUCAAUGGGUGGUUCAAAGUUAGGUUCAAGAAGUGGAACACAUUUUUCAGCUCAAGAUUAUGAACAAAUUGGCAAGGCUUUCUGUGAAACAUUGAUUGAUUUUUCUGAUGAUGAUCCAAUCAAGGAAAAAUUACGAAAUAAAAUAUUAUUGAGAUUAAUCAAAGAAGGAUCGAGUGCUGAUGAACCAACUAAUAUAAAUCUAACAGACUACUCAAGUGAUGAAGGAGAUUAUUCAGAGUCAUCAACAGAAGAAGAAAAACAAAAGAAUAAAAAUUUUGAAUUCAUUGAUGAUCAGUCACAAUUUUUAAACGUUCCUCCACCAUCUCCAGAGUUCUCUAAAGCUCAAAAUGUCAGUAAUAUUAAAAAACUAAGAUCAAAAGCUAUGAUUAGAGAAGCUUAUCGAAUUAAACGAAAGUAUUUGAAUCGUCGAGCAAUGGAUUUACCAUCAACAGAUCCAGGAAGUGACAUGUGUUGUGAUUUAACCGACUCAGCGGAUGAGUUAAACCAAAACAUUCAACUAAAGGAAAUAAGUGGUGGAGUUGAAAAAGAAGAGAACAAAAAGAGUUAUAGAAUAGAAUCACUACCGGUACUCAAACCACAAACUUUGCCAUUUGGUGAAGAUCUGACAGCUAAAUCACCCAGUAAAAAUUCAUCAAGACAACGAAAUGCUCCACCCAUUAGAUUUAUGAGACAUUUAUCACCAGUCAUACCAAGAAGUCAAGAAACUCAAAUGAAACUUAUUAGUCUGAAGCAACAGAUUUGGUCAACUGGAGUCCUAAUAGAUGGUGAUGAUAAUGAUGAUGAAGAGUCAAACUAUCCAGAGCUAGCAUUAAUUGAUCAUCGAAAAAAUGAAUCAUUGCUCAAACUGUGUUCGAAGAAAUUAAAAGCACUAGAAUACACUAGCAAAUUGGAGAUACGUAAGCUGAAGAAGACUAAUCCUAAGAAAUCAGUGAAGAUUAAUUCUGAAAUAGAAGAUGUGAAAAAAUCAGCAAGAAAAAAACGUACGAAUAUAAAGAAGGAUAAAUUAACAACAAAUAUUAACUCACCAGAGAAUAUGAUAACGAUAAAUCAUGGUAAUACUGAAGAAUUAAAUUCACUAAAAUUAUUUGGUGUAUUAAAGCUACCAAAAGCUCAACCAAAGCCCAAAGAUUCACGUAAGAAAUUUCGUAAGAGUGGAUUAGUGGCUAGUGCUGCUGUCCAUGUGUCCAAGUUGAAGAAACAAAGCCUAUCAGAUAAUUUUAAUGAGAGUUCGAGUGGUGAUGAGACUCAGAUAGCUAUGAAAAAUAAAAUAAAUAAACAAAAACGAAAUUUAAGUGGCAGACGUAAAUUAAAUGCAUUUAGUGCUAAUAUAUUGUUGAAUAAUAGUAAAUAAUUAGGAUAAAUAAUUAUGCAAAAU